CGACGCCAGGCGCUGGCCGUGGUGCUGAUUCUGUCAGGCGCUGGCGGCGGCGGCGGCGGCCCCGCUGCUCUCCCCCGGACUGGCUCUGCCCCCCAACCCUCGUGCCCACCCCUCUCCCAGUCCCUAGUCCCCCUACCGCGGCCCCGACCCGGGGCGCGGCCGCAAGCAGCACCAUGCGCCCAGCAGCCCUGCUGCUCCUGCCCUCGCUGCUGGCGCUCCUGGCUCACGGACUCUCCUCAGAGGCUCCGAUCACGGGGGAAGGUCAAGCCACGGGCAUCAGGGAGAUGGAUGGGGAGCAGACCGCAGCCCCUACACCUGAGCAGUCAGACCGAGGCGUCCACUUCGUCACCACAGCCCCUACUCUCAAGCUGCUCAACCACCACCCACUUCUGGAGGAAUUUCUUCAAGAGGGGUUAGAAAGGAACGAGGAAGCGCCGAGGCCGGCACUGCCCUUCCAGCCAGACUCACCUACACCCUUUACCCCGAGCCCCCUUCCCCGCCUCACCAACCAGGACAACCGCCCCGUCUUUACCAGUCCGACUCCAGCUGUGGCGGCGGCACCCACUCAGCCCCACUCCAGGGAGAAACCUUGGAACUUAGAGUCCGAGCCCCCUGUGCUUUCUAUCACAUCUCCCCUCCCCCCGGGGCCGAAUAUGGCAGUGCCCACACUGCACCCAGAGGACAGACCCAGUACUACACCUCCCAGCCAAGCAUGGACUCCAACCCAGGAGGGUCCUGGAGACAUGGGCAGACCUUGGGUUCCAGAGGCCAUGUCUAAGACCACAGGGCUUGGUAUCGAGGGAACCAUUGCCACUUCCACAGCUUCAGGGGAUGACGAAGAGACCACCACCACCAUCAUUACCACUACCGUCACCACAGUUCAGCCAUCAGGCCCCUGUAGCUGGAAUUUCUCAGGCCCGGAGGGCUCUCUGGAUUCCCCCUCGGCCCCCAGCUCACCCUCUGAUGCUGGCCUGGACUGUCUCUACUAUAUCUCUGUCUACCCUGGAUAUGGAGUAGAGAUCAAGGUGGAGAACAUCAGCCUUCAGGAAGGGGAGACCAUAACUGUGGAGGGCCUGGGGGGACCUGACCCACUGCCCUUGGCUAACCAGUCUUUCCUGCUGAGGGGCCAAGUUAUCCGCAGCCCCACCCACCAAGCGGCCCUGAGGUUCCAAAGCCUUCCACUGCCCGCUGGGCCUGGCACUUUCCAUUUCCGCUACCAAGCCUAUCUCCUGAGCUGCCACUUUCCCAGACGUCCAGCUUAUGGAGAUGUGACUGUCACCAGCCUCCACCCAGGAGGCAGCGCCCGCUUCCACUGUGCCACUGGCUACCAGCUGAAGGGUGCCAGGUUUCUCACCUGUCUCAAUGCCACCCAGCCCUUUUGGGAUUCCCAAGAGCCUGUCUGCAUUGCUGCUUGUGGCGGAGUGAUCCGGAAUGCCACCACUGGCCGCAUUGUCUCUCCUGGCUUCCCGGGGAACUACAGCAACAACCUCACGUGCCACUGGUUGCUAGAGGCUCCUGAGAGCCAGCGGCUGCACCUGCACUUUGAAAAGGUCUCCCUGGCAGAAGAUGACGACAGGCUCAUUAUCCGCAAUGGAAAUAACGUGGAGGCCCCACCAGUGUACGAUUCCUAUGAGGUGGAAUACCUGCCCAUUGAGGGCCUGCUCAGCUCUGGCAGACACUUCUUCGUGGAGUUCACUACUGACAGCAGCGGGGCAGCUGCAGGCAUGGCCUUGCGCUAUGAGGCCUUCCAGCAAGGACAUUGCUAUGAGCCCUUUGUCAAAAACGGUAACUUCAGCAGCAGUGCACCGUCCUACCCUGUGGGUACCACUGUGGAGUUCAGCUGUGACCCUGGCUACACCCUGGAGCAGGGCUCCAUCAUCAUCGAAUGUGUCGACCUCCACGACCCCCAGUGGAAUGAGACAGAGCCAGCCUGCCGAGCCGUGUGCAGCGGGGAGAUCACAGACUCUGCAGGCGUGGUGCUCUCUCCAAACUGGCCGGAGCCUUAUGGCCGAGGGCAGGACUGCAUCUGGGGUGUGCAUGUGGAGGAAGACAAGCGCGUCAUGCUGGACAUCCGAGUGCUGCGCAUAGGCUCUGGGGAUGUACUGACCUUCUAUGAUGGGGAUGACCUGACAGCCCGGGUCCUGGGUCAAUACUCAGGGCCCCGUGGACACUUCAAGCUCUUUACCUCCAUGGCCGAUGUCACCAUCCAGUUCCAGUCAGACCCUGGGACCUCGGCGCUGGGCUACCAGCAAGGAUUUGUCAUCCACUUCUUUGAGGUGCCCCGCAAUGACACAUGUCCAGAGCUACCCGAGAUCCCCAACGGCUGGAAGAACCCAUCACAGCCUGAACUGGUACACGGCACAGUGGUCACCUAUCAGUGCUACCCUGGUUACCAGGUGGUGGGAUCCAGUAUUCUCAUGUGCCAGUGGGACCUAAGCUGGAGCGAGGACCUGCCUUCAUGCCAGAGAGUGACAUCCUGCCAUGACCCAGGGGAUGUGGAGCACAGCCGACGCCUCAUAUCCAGUCCCAAGUUUCCUGUGGGAGCAACCGUGCAGUAUAUCUGUGACCAGGGGUUUGUGUUGACGGGUAGUGCUAUCCUCACCUGCCAUGACCGUCAAGCGGGCAAUCCCAAGUGGAGUGACAGGGCCCCCAAGUGUCUCUUGGAACAGUUUAAGCCAUGCCAUGGCCUCAGUGCCCCUGAGAAUGGUGCCCGCAGCCCUGAGAAGCGGCUCCACCCAGCAGGGGCCACCAUCCACUUCUCCUGUGCCCCUGGUUAUGUGCUGAAGGGCCAGGCCAGCAUCAAAUGCGUGCCUGGACACCCCUCACAUUGGAGUGACCCCCCACCCAUCUGUAGGGCUGCCUCUCUGGAUGGGUUCUACAACGGCCGUAGCCUGGAUGUUGCCAAGGCACCUGCCACCUCCAGUGCCCUGGAUGCUGCCCACAUGGCAGCUGCCAUCUUCCUACCAUUGGUGGCCAUGGUGUUGCUGGUGGGAGGAGUGUACCUCUAUUUCUCCAGACUCCAGGGGAAAAGUUCUCUGCAACUUCCCCGAACUCAUCCUCGCCCCUAUAACCGCAUCACGGUAGAGUCAGCAUUUGACAAUCCAACUUAUGAGACUGGAUCUCUUUCCUUUGCAGGAGACGAGAGAAUAUGAAGUUUCCAUCUAGGUGGGAGCAGCCUGGGGUAGGGCUCCCGGCUUUCUGCUGUCCCUCACCUCCUGUACAUACCACCUGGGAAGAGACACCACCAACCCCUUCCCUGCCUGCAAUGCCCACAGUGACCUAUUCUCUUGGCACCACUGCCCGCUUAGGGCCCCUCUUUGGAUUCAGGGGGCACCUGCCUCGGGUAGAACCUAGCUGGAGCACAUUACCAGCAGCCAACAUUCUCCUGCUUCUCUUUUGCCCUGGACCUCCAGCCUGGAAGUUGCAGGCAGAGCAGGGGCACUUUCUACACAUAGCCACCAUCCAGCCCUGGCAUGUGAGGACUCCAGAAGAGCUGACUUGACAGCAGGGUGCCCCUCAUGGGGCCAACUACCAGAGACUGAAAUUCUCAACCAUGACCUCUUGGUAGUCCUGGCAUGCCAACGCCAGCCCCCUCAGGGAGGUUUCUAGUCCCUCUCUAAAGGCUCAGAAUUGGACAGUUAAGCCUUCUGUCCUGUCCUGGGGAGGUGAUGAUUUAAGGAAUCCUAAACGGUCCAGGGACUCUAUCCCAAGCCCAGGCUGGGCCUCACUGGAUACUCACGCUCCACACCAAAGCAGGACACCCCGGCUCCCUGGCACCCCUCUACCCUGAGGAGGGAAAGCCCUUCCUUGAAGUUUAUCUGGCUGUUACAAAUGUCCCUUUCCCACCAGUCCCUCCUCUAAGCCACUUACCAUGUUGCCCCUUCCUGACACUAUGUUAUGGCAUGCCAGGGAAGGGCAGGUACAUUCUGGAGAGGAGCAGAUGUCCAAGGACCCAGGAAUGUGGCACAGAGCAGAAGUCAAAAAUCCCCAGGAGGAAUCUCAGUCCGGACCGAAGGCCGCUUUGUACAUAUGAUGUAUUAUAUGGGGUCUGGGCUCCAGCCAGAGAACAAUCUUUUAUUUCUGUUGUUUCCUGAUUAAAAUGGUGUUUUGGAAAAAAAAUCAA